AUGCCUUUAAACGUUGGAAUUGUGGGAACGGGUAUCUUCGCCACCGAUCAGCACUUGCCUACCAUCCAGUCUAUCGACUCACUUGAGCCUUAUGCAGCAUACAACAGAACUAAGUCUAAAGCUGUGGCAUUUGCUGAAAAGGCCAGCAUUGACAAACAGAACGUCUACGACUCCGUGGAGGAGCUUUUCCAGAAUCCUAAGGUGGAUUUUGUAGACGCAUUGUUGCCCGUGCAAACCAAUGUCGAGAUCAUCAAGACUGCUAUCAAGUUCAAUAAGCCUAUCGUGGUGGAGAAACCCAUUGCUGCCAACAUGGAGCAGGCCCGUGAGAUCGUCAAGAUUGCCAGCGAGACUGACUUGCCAAUUGGUAUCUUAGAGCAAUGGGCCUACUUCAAAGGAAUCAGUGAGGUCAAGAAAGUGUUGCCCAAGAUUGGUGAAGUUGUCUCGUUCACUUACAGAGCCACUGGUGCUUGGAAUCCAAACAACAAAUACUUGAAUACCUCGUGGCGCCAAAAGCCCGAGCACAUUGGCGGUUUCUUAAGUGAUGGUGGUGUGCAUCAAUUGGCCUUAUUAACCGAGAUUUUGGGUCCAGUUGCAACCGUCAGUGGUCUCACUAAGCAGGUGAGAGAACAGAGUGGAACUGACGACAUCUUGUUCUCCACCUUGAAGUUGAAAUCUGGUGCUAUUGGAACUUUUACCUACGGUUCUGCCUUCGGUGCCACCGACAAGUCCACCAGUUUGAUCAUUUUCGGCACAAACGGCUCCAUUGUCUACGACUUCUCUCCAACCUUGAAGAAACCAACUAUCACAUACCAAACUGGUGGUAACUCACUGGAGGCUUCUGGCAAGACUGUUAUCGAGGUUGAUGAGGUUGACUCUGUUCAAGAAGAGUUUAAGAACUUUGCUGCUGCUGUCGAAGCUAAGGACAAGACUUUGUACAAGGUUCCACCAACUAAAGCCUUCCAUCACUUGGCAAUUGUUGCUGCUGCUCUCGAAUCUACUAAGAACGGGGGAAGUUCUGUGGCGGUCGAGGAGGCUUAA